AUGGCGGCAGGGCACCGAGCCGGGGCAGCGAGGGCGCCGCGGAGGUGGAGGACUCGGAGCACGAAGGUGGCGGAGGGCAGGGGACCUCGGGACGGGGCAUCAGCAGCGGGGGUAGCCCGGACAGGACUACCCCCCCUCAGCCCUCCCGCGGUGCCGGCAGCUUGGCAGCGCCCAUACCUCAACAUCUUCAAGCACUUCCGCGUGGACGAGUGGAAGCGCUCAGCCAAGGAGGGGGACGUGGCCGCCCUCACGGAUGCCAGGCUGAAGGCAACUGUCUACCGGAUCCGGGGCUCCCUCCCCAGCAGCAGCUACCUGCAGCUGCCCCGCACCGGGACGCUGGGGCUGGGUGGACGCUUCCUCUACCUGCUCUUCAGGCCCGUGCCCCACAGGCACUUCGUGGUCCACCUGGAUGUCACCACCGAGGACCAGCAGGUGGUCCGCAUCUCCUUCUCCACCCUCUUCAAGGAGUUCAAGUUCACGGCCACCUGGCUGCAGUUCCCCUUCGUCUGUGGAGCUGCUGAGGGCUCAGCAGCGGGUGCCCAGCCGGGCAGGCGUGCUCUGGUGGGAGCUGCCCCUGGUGCUGUGCGCUGGACCUGCCUGGUGCUGGACCUUCCCUCCAUCCUCUCCCUCUACCUCAGCCGCCGCUACAGCCACCUGAAGAGCAUCAAACUCUGCUGCAGCCUGCUGGUGAGAAACCUCUGCACCAGCGACCUGCUCUUUGACCCAGGUGUAACCUUCUCCGAGGCACGGCAAGCUGGCCUGCUGUGCCAUGGGGUCGUUCCCAUGCCUCGGGAAAUGGCAUUUCCUGUGCCCAAGGGGCAGAGUUGGCAUGACCUCUACGACUACAUCAGGUUCCCAUCCGAGGGCUGCGAGCUGCCGUCCAGCUCCAUCGGGAAGAGCUGUCCGGACCCAGCGGCAGAGCAGAGGCUGCACAGCCUGCGGAACGUGGAGCAGUCACCAGCGGGCAGCAAUGGUGGUACCCAGCUGGGCCCUCCCCAGGGCAGCGAAGGCACCAGCACAGCUGCCCACACUGGCUCAGAGCAGAGGCUCUUCCCAGAUCCCAUCCUGAGGCUGAAGACGAUCAUUGGCUUUGGAGGCUGCAGCACCAAGUGGGCUCUGUGGACUCAGGACAGUGCUGCAGUGGUGUACCCCUGCCAUGCAGUGAUAGUGACCCUGCAGAUCCAGACUGGAGAGCAGAGGUUCUUCAUCGGGCACACAGAUAAGGUCUCGGCGCUGGCCCUGGACCGCAGCUGCACCUUGCUGGCAUCGGCACAGCUCGGAGCCCUCAGCCUGGGACGUCUCUGGCACUUCCCCACGGGCAGCUGCCUCUCAGUCUUCCAAACCCACGUCCACUCUCUGUGCUCGCUGAGCUUCUCGGGCAGCGGAGCCCUGCUGUGCGGGCUGGGCAAGGACGGGCACGGCAGAACGAUGGUGGUGGUGUGGAACACUGCUCAGGUGGCCUGUGGUGGAGAGGUGGCUGUGCUGGCCAAAGCACACACAGAUGUGGACAUCCAGACCUUGAAGAUUGCUUUUUUUGAUGACACCAGGCUGGCAUCGUGCGGCAAGGACAACGUGCGGCUGUGGCGCCUGCGCGGCGGUGCCCUGCGCUCCUGCCCCCUCAGCCUGGCACAUCACCAGCCCCUGGACUGCACCGACCUGGCCUUCCACCUGCAGGAGCACACUCUCUUUGUCAGCAGCAGAAGUGGCCACAUCCUGGAGGUGGACUACAGGAGGGUCUGCGUGAGGAGCGUGCGGCGGCUGCUGCCCGUGCGGCCCCUGGACGGGGCUGGCAGUGCCACAGGCCCUGGGAUUGCUAUCAGCAGCAUCAGCAUCUCCUCAGGCUUCUGUGCCACGGGCUCAGAGGAUGGCUACCUGAGGCUGUGGCCCCUGGACUUCUCUGCCAUUGUCUUAGAGGCAGAGCAAGAGGCUCCACUCAGCUCGGUCAGCAUCAGCCCCGACAGCAGCAAAGUGCUGUGCAGCACCAGCACAGGCAGGCUGAGCUGCCUGCACAUCCCCUCCGGGCACUGCUGCACCCUGAUGCCCUCCCACGGCGGCUCUGUGCUGGCAUUCUCCAUGGAAGGGCUCUGGGAGCUGCUGGCAACAGUGUCCCAGGACAGCACCAUCCGGGUCUGGGAUCUUUGCUCCAUGCAGCAGCUCUACGAGUUCAGCAGUGCUGAGGACCUGCCCUGUGCUGUGGCCUUGCAUCCAACCCAGCAGCUCCUGGCUUGUGGCUUCAGAAGUGGCAAGGUGCAGACCUUCAGCCUGGCUGCCUCCGACCUCCUGGUGGAGCACAAGCAGCACCAGGCUGGGAUCAGUGGCCUGACCUUCUCUCCAGAUGGCCACUUCAUGUUCAGCUGCUGUGUGCAGGGAACUCUGGCUCUUUACAGCUGUCUGGCAGAGAAAAGCCAUGUCCUGAGGGUGCUGGGCGGGGCACUGGCAGGGGGCACGGGCAGCGGCGCGGGCACGCUGGCGGUCAGCCAGGACAGUCGGCUGCUGGCCUGCCUGGGGCCCUCCAGGCACCUGGUGACUGUGAUGGAAGCCUGCUCCCUGGACCAGCUGCUGAGAGUGGACAUCAGCACCUUGGGUUUGAACAGCAGGGCCUUGGACUCUGCAAGGAGGAUCUGCUUUGCUCCAGUGCCUCCAGGAGAGCUCCUGGUGUCCACUUCUUCUGGCCAAAUCCUCGUGCUUGCUGCAGACACAGGGCAGCUGCUGCGCCAGGUGCCUGCUGUGCAGAAGCUGUGCUGCUCCUCCUUGGCUCUGAGCAAGGACAGCAGCUACCUGCUCACUGCCAGCGACAGGGUGGUCAGAGUCUGCAACUACAAGAAGCCCUUUGGUGGCAACUGCCAGGUGUACAUCGGGCACUCGGAGCCGGUGUGCCAGGUGGCCUUCACCCCAGACCAGCGGCACGUCCUCAGCGUGGGAGAUGCCAUCUUCCUCUGGGAAUUCCUGGCUCUGCCUGCAGAGAGGGCACCCCUGGCUGGCCCUCCUUCCUCCCGGGCCACCCUGAUGCCAGGAGCAGGAGGGAGCCCAGAGAAGCUGAAGGAUGCCUCUGAGGGCCCUCGGCAGAUGGUUCCUCGGCCGUUGCUGUCCUCACCACCACGUUUGGAUGCCAGCUCUGCCCUCCAAGCAGGAUGUCCAAGUGUUUCCCCUGAGUGGGACACAGAGGAGGAAGCAGAGCUGCUGGACAGCAAGGUGGUGAGGAAUGGAGAUAAGGAUGCCUCGGUGCUGGAGCCAGUCAGCAAGGAGGAGCUGCUGGUUGUGAGGCCCAGAGAGAGGCAGGAGAGCUGGAGGACUCCAGAGGAAUCAGCAGCAGGCAGUCGGCAGCCCAGGAGCCCCGGGCGGGGGCAGCGCCUGCGCCCAGCCUGCUACCGGCACUUCGCUGCUCGCUCCAAGGCAUCGCUGCUGCCCGAGAGCUUUUCAUCUCCUCCAGCUGGCAGGGAGACGCUGAAGCUGCGAGCAGUGCUGGGCUGCAAUGGGAAUGGCAGAGGGAAUAUGGUGUGGGACCCUGACACAGGAUUCUUUGCCUACACCUCUGGCUGCCUCAUCGUGGUGGAGGACCUGCACUCAGGGGCUCAGAGCCACUGGCAUGGCCACACAGAGGAGAUCUCCACACUGGCCCUUAGCCACGAUGCCCAGCUUCUGGCCUCUGCCUCAGGAAGGAGGGAUGGGGACUCCCACUGUCAGAUCUGCAUCUGGAAGGCCCAGGAUGGGGCUUGCACAGCAAGACUCUCCCACCACAAGACCCAAAUACAGGCCAUGGCCUUCUCCAGGGAUGACAUGAUCCUGGUGACCCUAGGAGACUACAGGGACCAGACCAUUGCUCUGUGGAACACCUACACCCACCAGCUCCUGGCAUCUGCUGGCAUCCCAGAGCCAGCCCACGAGGUGGCCUUCAAUCCUCUGUGCCACAGGGACUUGGCCUGUGUGGGGAAGGGAGCUCUGAUGUUUUGGCUGCUGGAGGAGCAGGGAGCUGCUGUCCAUCUCAAGGUUCACCAGGCCCCAGCCCCGGAUGUCCUAGGCCCAGUGGAGCUGACCUCUCUCUGCUAUGGUGCCAGCCCUCUGCUCUACAGUGGCACCAGCUCAGGGCACAUCUGUGUGUGGGACACUCAGGCCAAUUGUUGCUUCCUGACGUGGGAGGCUGACGAGGGUGAGAUCGGUGUCCUGCUGUGCCAGCACCACAGGCUGCUCAGUGGCAGCAGCACCAAACGCAUCCGGCUGUGGGCAGUGGGCACCGUGCAGGAGCUACGGCUGAAAGGUCCUGAUGCCAGGUCUAGCUCAGUGCUGCUCGAGCAGGAGCUCAGCCUCGAUGGGCCCAUAGUGAGCGCAGCCUUUGACGAGUGCCUGGAGAUGGGCAUCGUGGGCACCACGGCAGGAACCCUCUGGUACAUCAACUGGGCAGAGAGCACCAGCACCCGCCUCGUCAGCGGCCACAAGGACAAGGUGACUGCGCUGUGCUUCAGCCCCGAGGAGACUCACUGUGCCAGCUGCAGCGAGGAUGGCAGCCUCAGGGUGUGGGCUCUGGGCAGCCUGGAGCUGGUGGUGCAGUUCCAGGUGCUCAACCAGAGCUGCCAGUGCCUGGCCUGGAAGCCUCAGCCCGUGGCUGCGUGGGGAGCUGAGAGCCAGCAGGUGGUGGCAGGGUACAGCGAUGGCACCAUCCGAGUGUUCAGCAUCUCCAGGACAGAGCUGGAGCUGAAGAUGUGCCCCCAUGGCACCGCGGUGACAGCCGUUGCCUACUCCACAGAUGGAGAAAUGAUCUUGUCCGGGGCUCAGGAUGGGCUGGUGGCUGUCAGCAGCCUUCGCACCGGAGUGACCCUUCAUGUCCUGCCUGACCACAGAGGCUCUCCCAUCACUGCCCUCCAGUGCACCAGGCAGCAGCAGGCUGGCUCGGGGGCACAGGGCAGUGAGCUGUGGUUGGCCACCAGCUGGGACCGGCGGCUCAGCGUCUGGGCUUGCGACUGGCGGAGGGGAAAGUGGCAGCUCCUCGACUGCUUCAGCUUCCCAGCCCCUGCCAGCCCCCAGGGCAUCAAGAGCCUCCCGCCCAGCCUGGCUGCCUUCUGCCCUUGGAAACCUUCCACCUUGGUCUGUGUGGGCUUCGGGAUGCAGAAGGAAGCUUUGUUUUACAGCCUGCAUAAGAAACAGGUGGUCCAGAGGAUCUCCCUGCCCUACUUGGCCACCUCGCUCAGCCUGGCUCCUGCUGCACGCCUCAUGGCCAUCGGCUCCAGGGAGCGGCUCCUGAGGCUGCUGCGCAGCCCCGGCAGCGGUGCCCAGGACUACGCCGGCCACGACGACGCCGUCCACUUGUGCUGCUUCUCCCCCUCCGGCCGCCGCCUCCUCACAGCCUCCCACAGCGCGGUCCUUGCCUGGGAGGUCACGGGCGGCUGAGCCGAGCGUCCCCGCAGCCGGCAGCGCUCCUUCAGCGGGGAGCCGGCGGAACUCUUUGAACCAGGCUCCGGCUCAUGGGCAAGGCCCCGGGCAGGGCUCAGCCUCCCGGCGCAGGAGGCAGCGGGUGCCCGGCGGGGAUGCGCCUCGGAGCCUUGGUUUUGCCCUUCGCUUUCAUCGUUCCUCAAUAAAGCAGCGGGAGUUGGA